AUGGAACUCUCAAAGCUCUUCAACAAGAGUCUCAGGUACCUCUCAAAUCCUUAUUAUGCUUUUGUUUGCCUUCCCCUCUUUCAACCCUCGCAGACACCAUACUACCCAAUUGCAUCAUGCCCAUAUUCAACUUCUCUCUGGUUUUGUAACUAUCCUAGUUUAUCCAUGCUUUCUUCAAAUGGGUCAUCUUCUGUUUCAAAAUUUAUUGGUUUUGCUGGAUGUAAUGGUAGAUACAAUGGUUAUAGAAGUCAAAGUUUGAAGCUUCAUUUUUUCAAGUCAAGUAUUCAUGGUUGUUUUCGAAGUUACAAGACAUUUGAUGUUUAUAAGGAAAUGGGCACUGGUGGGAUUAGACCAAAGGCAAUGCAAAAGCAAGUUGCAUACGUAAUUGAUUUGAUUAAGAGGGAUGCGUAUAAUUUGGAGUCUAAGUUGGAUUCUUUGAGUGUAAAGCUAUCUAUUGCUUCUGUGGCUUUGGUUUUUCAUGUCUUGAAUAGUGAAAAGGUGCCUGCUUUGCGUUUCUUUCGUUGGAUUAGACGUUGGCAGCCAGAAUUGAGAAGUGAUUCUGAUAUUUGUAGCUUGGUUAUUGAUAAUUGCGGGCGUUUAGAUGAUCAUGAUGCUAUGAGGAGUCUUUUGAAUGAGUUCAACAAUAACCGGUUUUGUCUAACAAAAAAGGCAUUUGAGUUCUUACUUGUUAUGAAUAAGACGAAUGAUUCCCUGAUGGAAUCCACACAAAGAGUGACUGAUAUGCUGCGUGAAGUUAGAGGGUCAUGUUAUGGUUCUGGGGUUUCAUCGUUGAUCGAAAUGUUCAGUGUUUUGGGAUCCUUUGACAUGGUUGAGUUUGUGAUGAAGAAAACUGAGAGGAAGACUUCUUAUUACAAUAUUUUGAUUAGGGAAAUGUGUCGGAGAUGUGAUUUUAAAGGGGCGAGAGAUAUUCUGGAUGAGAUGAGGGAAGAGGGCUUUGAACUGAGUGCCCGAAUUUACAACUAUUUAAUUAGCUGUUUGCUUAAGAAUGGUGAAUAUGAUGAUGCUUGCAAAACAUUGACAGAAAUGCAGUAUAAGGACUGCCCUCCUGAUGCAUUAACCUUUGAAAUAUUUAUAUAUCACUGUUGCAAUAACAGCAAGACCGACAUCGCGCGUGACUAUUUUGAUGAGAUGGUGGCAAGGGGUCUUGAACCUCGGCUUUCAACACAUGCUGCCUUUAUCAAGGGUUUCUUCAACUCAGAGCAAUAUGAGGAGGCAUACAAGUACGUGGCUGAUUCAGAUAAGAAGUACAAGUGCUCAAGCUGUAUGAAUUACAGCUUGCUUGCGAGGCUUCAUCAGAGAAGAGGGAAUCUGGUAAUUGCCCAAAAUAUUCUUUCUGAAAUGAUUAAGAAAGGUCUUAGACCAUAUUUUAAAGUGUAUAUGAAAGUUUUGAAUCGCCUCAAUAAGUCCGGUAGGGAAACGCUAGCCACAGAUUUGCAAGAGCAGUUUCGCCAGCUUCAUUCAACAACUUAG